AUGUAUCCAGUACUGGCCGUGGCUGAAGCAGAACUGCGACAACUGCUACGAAACCCCUCAGAAAUCAUGCAAGAAGACUUUUUCUCCCUAAACUUCUGUGUUGCAGAGAUUUCCGAAUACAUGUGGAUCCAGAAUUCGGCAACUGCUUCACAUUUAAUUAUGACGUCAAAUAACAAUUACACCAGUAGUCGUGCAGGACCAAUGUAUGGUAUUCGGGUGUUAUUGUUUGUAAACACAUCCGACUACAUGUCAACAUCGGAAUCAGCUGGCGUGCGACUUGCUAUUCAUGCUCCUACUGAAUAUCCAUUUCCGGACACCUUUGGUUAUUCAGCCCCAGUUGGCUUUGCUAGCAGUUUUGGCAUGAAAAAGAAACUUAUCCAACGCCUUUCUAAUCCUUAUGGGGACUGUAUUCAUUCGGAAACAUACAACAAAACCAACUACAUUUAUCAGAAUUACGACUAUCAUCCAGAGGGAUGCCAUCGAAGUUGUUUCCAAACGAAUUUAAUACGAGAUUGCUCAUGUGGAGAUCCACGUUUUCCUGUACCAAAAUUCAGCAAGCAUUGUUCAGCGUUUAACGCCACAGCACGUCCGUUUUAUUUUCGAUUUAUUUACGGAAUUGGGUAUGUUAGAGCUGCCGUGUAG